UGCAUAGGAGACAACGCGCCAUUCAUCGCUUGGUUGAACAGCUAUCCACUGGAAAGGAGGGGUGAGGUAAUCGUUGCCGUUGUGGAGGCAUUCCAUUACGAUGUUGCUGAUGUGGGAGAAACUGUCAACGAGGAGGGAACGAAUGAAACCCGGGUGGUUAUUCGGGAUAAACUUAAUCGAGAAGUGCUGCCCAGGCUCACCAAGUGUAUCAAUGGAAAGUCGGCAGAGCUGAGCGUUCACCGUAAGGCUCGCACGGCUGCCACCAAGCACUACAGCGAGGAUGAUGAUAUCAAAAGAGCACCAGUUGCUCUUGCUACCGUGAAACUCCUGCAGAAAGUCCCUGACAGCAUUCGUUCGCAAUAUCUACACGGGGUUAUUUUAAAGCUGUGCUCGUUGAUGAUUUCACGCUCAAUGAAUGUUCGGGAAACAGCUCGAAAAGUCGGAGUACAAGUCUGCGAAUGUCUCGGACCGCGCUAUCUUCCUAUAAUCAUCAAGGAGAUGAAGCUUAUAAUGAAAAAAGGAUUCCAGGUCCAUGUAAUGAUCUACACGGUGCACACUUUUAUAGCAGCAAUGCGAGACGUCUUAAAAACGGGAGAUUUGGAUGCCUGUCUGGAUGAUGUGAUAGAU